GCCGCCCCCCCUGGGAAGACGGCCACCGGGGUCCACGCUCUGCCUCAACAGACUUUGCUUUCUGGGUUGGGAUCUUUCGGAGGCGCCGAAGUUUCUCCCCAUUUCCCUCCCUCCUGGCCACUCCUGACGUCUUUCAUUUAGUCCGCUGGCCGAGAUCCCCAUCUGUGUGUUCACGCGUGAGCUUGGAAGGGCGGUUUUUGUUCUUUCUUUCCUAACCAUCAUCGCCUUUCUUUCCUCCCUUUCCCACCCCUUCCUUUCGUCCUGUCACCCUCUCCUCUUCCUCCCCUUCUUCCCCAGAAGACUUUGUUCCUUUUAGCACUUCUCUCUUUCUGACAAGACCUUCGUGAGAAACAUCUCAAAGCCAGAGAAUGGCAGGUGAACAAAAACCUUCAAGUAACCUCCUGGAACAGUUUAUUUUAUUAGCCAAAGGUACCAGUGGGUCAGCACUUACUGCUCUCAUAAGCCAGGUAUUGGAGGCUCCUGGAGUUUACGUCUUUGGAGAACUGCUGGAGCUGGCCAAUGUUCAGGAGCUUGCAGAAGGCGCUAACGCUGCGUACGUGCAGUUGCUGAACCUGUUUGCCUAUGGGACAUACCCGGACUACAUAGCCAACAAGGAGAGCCUGCCAGAACUGAGCACAGCCCAGCAGAACAAGCUGAAACACCUUACCAUCGUGAGCUUGGCAUCCAGAAUGAAGUGCAUCCCCUACUCUGUGCUGCUGAAGGACCUGGAGAUGAGGAAUCUCCGGGAACUGGAAGACCUCAUCAUAGAGGCCGUCUACACUGACAUCAUCCAGGGCAAGCUGGACCAGCGAAACCAGCUGUUAGAAGUGGAUUUCUGCAUCGGCCGUGACAUCCGGAAGAAGGACAUCAGUAACAUUGUCAAGACCUUGCAUGAGUGGUGCGAUGGCUGUGAAGCGGUCCUACUAGGCAUCGAGCAGCAGGUUCUGAGAGCCAACCAGUACAAAGAGAGCCACCACCGCACGCAGCAGCAGGUGGAGGUGGAGGUUACCAACAUCAAGAAGACACUGAAGGCUACCGCGUCCUCCUCGGCUCAGGAGAUGGAGCAGCAGCUAGCCGAGCGGGAGUGCCCGCCGCAUGUGGAGCAGAGGCAGCCCACCAAGAAGAUGUCCAAAGUGAAAGGUCUGGUCUCCAGCCGCCACUAGGGCCGGCUGGGGCAGCUGGCACUCACCAGGCCUGGGUCUGGUGGGGAGGGGACGCCGCGGGCUGUUUCUUCCCCUCUCUACCUGCAGUGAGUUCCAGACCUGCCCACCCUCACUGGCACGUCCCCACCCAUCUGCACUGUUCCCGAAAAACCGCUGCCCCCCACGCCCUCGUUCCCCAGUCAGUCCCUUCAGACUCUGGGGCUGCACGGAUGCCAUCCUUACUGUGCGGGCAGUGCCGGCUCCUCCAGGAGGUCCUUCCUCUGUGUGGGGCUUGUCUCCCUCCUGGCUGUCCUUUUGUUCCGUGUCCUUGUGUCAGGCUGGUCCUAAGCUGGAGUGGCUUAAACCAGCCCGCAGGGAUGAGUGAGGAGGGGCUUCUCCACCUGUGUGCAGUUCCCACUGUGGUGCAGGUGCUCUCUGGCCAGGUACCUGUGCCCUGCUCCCCUCUCUCCAGUCCACCGCAGAAGGAUGUGGUGCUGGGCUGUUUACUAAACCUGCGGGUUUUCAGCCUCUUGAGCCCAGCUCGAUCCCUCGCUGGUGGCUGCAGGCUUGGCCAACCUAUGUCUGAGCGGAAGGAGGCUGCUGUGUAUCCCCUUGUCCUCUGGUGUCGUACGUCCUACUCCCUCCGCCCGCCCAGCCUCGUGGUCGUGGGUCCCCCCUGCUCGGGCUGGCUGUCAGCGCUCCCAGGGUCUUCAUGCUCCGGCCACCCCUGGCGGGCAUGGUGGCGGCUUGCCUGGUGAAAGACCCGCUGCUUCUGUCUCUUCCCUCUGCCCUCCUUCGCUGGUGACCCAGAGCCCUGAUGACAGCGCACCCCUGGCCAGAGAAAGGACUUGACCAGACUUUCUGAACUUGAACAGUUUCAGGUUAUAUUUUAAUUUUUUUUUGUACAGGUUGACUCUAAUACAUUUCAACAUGCUUUUUUUCCCCCCUUGUGUCAAUAUUUGUUAUGGACUAAUCACCGGGGAUUUUUCACCUGGUUGGAGGGUGGUGUGUGCGUGUGUGUGCGUGUGUGUGUGUGUGUGUGUGUGUGUGUGUGUGUGUUGUGUUUUGUUUUAUAAGGGAGGUCCUGAGCUGACAUUAAAGUUCAUUGAGGAAAAAGCACAUUUUAGAACAAAAAAUAAAAGUGUGGAUUUGAUGUGUGUGGCUGGAGUGUGGGCUGCAUAGCUGGUGGAGUGGACAGGAGCAAGGCAGUUUAGGGACUGUGACACUAUCCAUGCUGCGUUUGAAAAAUGGGCUUUUCCUUUCCCAAAAUGUGCAGAAGCUGCCUGGCACUGAUCAGAUGUUUACAGUGCCCUUGUUUCUCUUCCGCACUGGCUCAUGUGCCCAUUCUAGCAGCAUGGCCUGGAGAGUUAAGUUUAAUUCCCAAAAUAUGUUUCAUGAAUCUUCCUGUCAGUCUAUGGAAAAGGGGUCCUGUUAUUAGAUAAAUGUUGCGCUCCCUGCAAGCCAUUCCUCACUGGAAGUUCGUUAUUAAGAUCUCCAGAAAGUCCUGGGAGAGGGAGCCUGUGCCCACGCAGAUCUCACCGGCAGCUCCUUUCCUACCCAAGGCAGGCACAGUCCCUCUCAGCAAGCCUCCUGUCGUCCUCAUCUCAUCCCUGGUGAGUAGAAGAGGAACACGGCCAGGCCUGUAUGUCAUGCAUGGCCACCUGUGGUUUGCCCACCCCAAGGCCCUAAUGAGCUGUGGGGUCAUUUUCUCCACAAUGCACGGGACCUGGGAUUUAGCUCAGUGGCACCAUGCCUACCUCCCAAGAGCAAGGUCUUGAGUUCGAUCUGCAGUACCAGAAAAAAAAAAAAGACACAGUGCUGCUGUUUCUUUGAAAAUAGACAGUAGCGGCACUAUGGUAAAGUUCUUUAUAAAAGGUCUCCAUGUGCAGUCAUUCGCCCCAUCCCCAGGGCUCUGUAAGGUCAGUAUUGUUACCAUCUUCCUCUUUACCUGGGAGGAAACAGACUCAGAGAUGGAAGGUCCUGAUGACAAGUGACAGGAUAAGGCCUCCCGGAUCCUGACUGGCACUGACUGGCACGUCUUGCCAUCUGCUCGGUGGGACUCUAGGUUAGAGUCUCUCCUUGGGCAGACCCUCGUUUCUCACCCUCUGCUUAUCCUCCCAGUGCUUCUCUUUCUUUCAAGUGACCCCACCCAGUGCACAUCCAUUUCGUCUCUGCUUCCCAGACUCACUGAGCUGCUCGAUAAGGAAGCAGAGAGCAUGGGGCGGGGGCUUCAGGAGUUUGGGGACAGUGGCCCACGUGGAGUGCUCUUCGCUCCCGUGGGACUGGUGGAGCAGAGCCCUGGCCCCAGCUCUGCGGUUCCCACCCAACACCGACCACCGAUGAUGCCACUUUACAUGUGACCUCCUCAACAGCAAAUGUCUUGGGCGUGGAACGGGGCAGGGGCCACUGUGGCGUAAAGAGAGCUGGUGGGGAGGUGCCUGUGGGCUCACCUGAUCCACUCCUUUUCAAUGAGGUUGGCAUUCAUCAGCGGGAUUGGCACUUUGUAUUUCCCCAGGCUGUUUCCCUGACCAUUGCUUCUGCUCUGGGGCCGAGGGCAGCGGUCAGAGCCGGUACAGGCUGUUCCGUGUCCCCGGCCCCAGGUGUGAGAUGGCCGCCGCUAAUGGCAGGGUUCUCCUGUCCUCCCAGACUUGAGGUACGGGAAAUGGGGAGAGGACCAGAGAAGCACAGGGCAGACUGCACGUGGUGCUGUGUCGCUGAGGUGCUGGAUUGCCUGAAACUGAGCUACGCAUUCUAGUUUGUUUGUUUUUCUUACGGGGAUUCAGAACUUUAUGCUUGUGAGGCAGGCACGGUGCCACUGAGCUAAAUCCCUGGCCCAAGCAUUCCAGUUUUUAUACUUAAAAUCAUUAUUCUAACAGCCUGGACACUUCAAUUUUUUUUUCUAAUGCAGAGGUCGAUUUUCCCUGGCCCCGAAGAGCUGUUGCAACACUCGUGGUGUGAGCGCCAGUGCACGUAUAGGUGGUCUGGCUGAACCUGGGUCUUCCCUGUGCAGCCGGGAGCGCUUAGCUACCUCAGUAAGCCUUGCUGUUAUGUCUGAGGUGGUGGACUGAAAUACAUAUGCAAUUAUAAGCUGCUUUUCCCAUCUCCUUUCUAUCAGCCUUAGGGAGCUAAGUGGAUCUUUCAGCUUAAUGUCGCCAAGCAGGUUGUGACCUGACCUUGUGAUAGUAGAUGGAUGCUAACAAAGGUAUAGAAAGGAGGAUUGGGUAUUGGGUCAGAGCUCAGUCUUCCUUAAGGAUGAAAUUGGCAAGGAAGGAAGUGUGGCAAAGUGAAGGUGGGGUGGCCUGACGUCCUGGGGUCAUUCCCGCCUGCCCUCAGCAAGCCAGCAAACCGCCCCAGCUGCAGCUCCGUCCACCGACUUCCCUUCUUCUUCCUCUGCGCGUGACUGCUGGAGCAGUUGCAUAGUCGCCGAGUGGCUCUCUGCCAGUGACCGAGUCCUCAGAGCUGCAGAGCCGUCCACCACGUGUCCCCAGUGAGUGCUGUCAUGGCCUGCAGCUGCUCCCACCACGCCCCUCACUGACAGGAUGGCUGUGCUUCCCCACCUCACAGGGGAAACGGAGCGCGCGAGGGAGUGAAACCCAAUUUCCUGUCUUCCACUUGCACAACUCAUUUAGCUUUGCCUCUAGAGGCCCUGUCUGUAAAUGCACUCACACUGUGCGUGAGGCUUUCAGCGUGUGAAUUCGGGACGUGGGUCCAUCCGCAGGAGAUAGAGCCCGGGGCUCUCCCAUAUCUCCGUCCCGCCUGUGUCUGGGUGGCACCCUGACCGUUCUGCUUGUGUGUUGGAGCUGAUCCUUUUCCAUCUCCUCUGCCACUUCAGUGUUGGAAAAUGAAUUCAUUUAUUCAUUGUAUUUUUUAGAUACACAUUAUGUGCUAGGAUGCAGCUAAAGAAGGUUAAAAAUACAUGAUUAAGAAAAGAUGGAAAGAAAUGAUAGAUGAGUGCAGAAAUUGGCAAAAUUGAAUCAAAAUUAUAAAUCCAAGAGUUUUUGAAUACAGUGAAAAGAAAAAAAAAUGCAUUAAACCCAAGAGAAGACAGAUGAGGGCUUGGGGAUUUAGCUCAGUGGUGCUGCCGCCUGCCUCAAGUGCAAGGUCCUGAGUUUGAUCCC